GUGGCAGAACUGGAAGCCCAAAGAGGGUCCGAUUUGUCCAGCCUGGCCAAAGGGGAGGCCAGUCCGGCACUGGAAGAACUGGAGCAGCUGGUGAAAGCCAAAGAGGAGGAGCUUCAGCAGCUGAAGAGCCAGAAAGGGUCCUGCUGGGAAGCCGAUGAGGAGUGCGAGGAAACCCGUCAGAAGGUGCAGGAGCUGGAGAGACGGAACACAGACCUGGAACACCGCUUGAACGCAGCCGAACAGUCACUCUCCGAGACGCUGUCUGAGAGGGAGAAGAUGUACCAGGAGGUGGCCAAAGUGGCAGAGACCAUGGACAUGAAGAUCUUUGAGCUGAGUGAGCUGCGGCAGGACUUGGCCAAGCUAGUGGAGAGCAACUGAGUCUGGGGACCCGGAAGCGGCAGCAGAAGUGGUUGAAUGGUCACUUCCGGCCCACCUUAAACCUUGGCUGGGCGAAGAGAUGUCUGGUAGGCCUCCAGUUGUGGUCUCCACUUUUUGUCCUCCACAGACACUAGGGGGGAUGUCACCUUCUGACUUCGUUCCUUGGCCUUUGUUUCCUUUCUGAUGCUUCCAUUUCUACAGAGAUGAAGAUGUGCCGUCUUCUUUGUUUUUCUAGGAAGUAUGAGAGUGUUUGGAGUUUUAUUUUUUUUCUUCCCUCCAGUUCAAUAGGUUUUUGAUAGAAAACUGCCCCCCUUGUCCCUUCUUACUGGAAACCAGCAGUAGCUGUAUCAAAGAUCUCUUCUUUUUCCCCUGCAA